AUGAAGAACCAGGUGCAGGAGAAGAUCUCUGAAGAAGCCCAGAGUGUGGAGGAACCAUUUCGGCCCAAGGAGGACACAAGCCCCGGAAGGGGCUCAGGUUGUGGGGCCCAUAACUUUCACUCCAAAAUGAACAGUAUGGCCAGGAUCGUCAAUGGAGUGAAAGUUCGCCCUGGCUCCUGGCCCUGGCAUGUGUCUCUGCAGGAAGGUAACAGUGAUGUCUCCUGUGGGGGCUCCUUGAUCUCUGACAACUGGGUGGUCACUGCUGCCCACUGCAAUGUCACUUCUGGCUGGGCUGGAUAACCGCGCUCGAAUUGGGGGAAUAUCCAGAUCCUGAAGGUUGCCCAGGUUUUCCGGCACCCUUCCCAUUACCCGGGUUCUGUCCUCAAUGACAUCUCCCUGCUGAAGUUGGCUACACCUGCGCACAUCUCCCCAAGAGUGUCCCCCGUGUGCCUGCCCAAAGUUGAGGACAACUUCCCCCCUGGGACCAAGUGCGUCAUCACAGGCUGGGGGGCCUCCAGGCACACGAACUCUAACGCGCUGCAGGAGGCUUCCCUGCCCCUCCUGCCCAUGUCUGAGUGCAAGAAGUACUGGGGUGCAGCUGUCACUGAUGACAUGAUCUGUGCCGGGGCCAAUGGUGUCACCACCUCCAAGGGAGACUCUGGUGGUCCUCUGGUCUGCAGCAAUAAAGGAACCUGGAAUCUGGUGGGCAUCUUGUCCUAUAGCAGCACACUUAACUCCACCGAUAAACCUAUCCUGUGCCCCCGUGUCACGUCUCUCCUGCCCUGGAUUCAGGAGACCAUCGCCAAAUAUUAA